AAUAACAAAACCUGCCAGCGACUAUGUUGUUUGUCUUGUCGCGGCGCAAGGGACAUGCAAGAAAAGAGCCCUAACGAGUCUCGUGAUAGCAAUCUGGAUCACCUGAAGGGCUGCUAUCGCCUGCACUGCUGCAACUGCAGCAAAGUCCUGGUCUCCGAAGCCCAGGGCCUGAUCACGGAUUCCCACGGGGCCCUGAUUUUUAAGGGCGAGGAACAAACCUGUCCUGACGCUUCCCUUUGGUAUUUGAAGGAAGGGCUUUGGCCCUCCUGGAUCGAAGAGCAAAUUGUUGAAUCCGGCUGGACCAAAGGGCGGCUGUGCUGCUUGGCCUGCAAAAACCGCAUCGGUGCUUUUGACUUUGUCAGUGGGGCCCAGUGUUUGUGCGAGGAAAAAGUCGUCAGGCCGGCCGUGCAAAUCACAAGAGCAAAGGUCGAUUUGAAAUCGGUUCGUAAUGGAUGAACGAACAGAGACUGACGAAGGCCCGAUUUUCAACGAGCAGGCCAAACGCAACAUCCAAGCAUUCGGACUUCUUUUCUUCUACAGCUGCUUGAUGUUCACAUUUCCCUUCGGGGCCUUCUAUGGGACGAGAUGGGC